UCCUGAGCCUUCAGAUGAAGCACACUAGUACACGUUAUAAACUCGUUUAUGUAAUAGUAUUGUGUUGAAUAAGCGUAGAAGUCGUAGUUUUUUAAUAGAUUGAUGACGUUCACUUGCAGAGCAAGUUCUCACAGAAGAAAACACACAAAGGCAGUCUUUACGUGACACCAACCCAUCUUAUCUUUCACAAUCAAACCGUAGGAAGAGAAACAUGGCUGUUGCAUACUCACAUCUUACAAGUGGAAACGCUACCAUUAAACACGAAAGGCUUGCCCUUGAAGAUGACCUACAAAACAUUCAGAUCAUUCACAUUCAUCAUUGCUAAAGAUCGUGAAUGCCAAGACCUCUAUGAUACUCUGGUGCACUUCUGAACCAAAUUCAUAUGAUGAGAUAUAUGCAUUUCACUACUCUCUACAAGAGAAGAAAUUUAGCCGCGAGGACGGCCGGUCUAUUUUCCAUCACGAUAAAGAGUUUGGUCGAAUGGGCAUUCCCAACGACUACUGGCAUUACAGUCCAUUGAAUGAGAACUACAAGCUUUGUCAGACGUAUCCUGAGUGGCUGUAUGUGCCGAUUGGCGUGAGUGAAGAAGUCGUGAAUGACAGUGCUAAGUUUAGGAGUCGAGAGAGUGUACCAACAUUGUCAUAUUACCACCAAAAGACACAGGUGGAACUUUGAUAAGGUGAUAAAGGGAGGAAGUUAUUCUAAUGUGGCUGCCAUUGUCUAGUCGACAACUAACUCAGCUGCAGUGGUCUAAAGGCAGUAAGGGAGUUGAAGGAUACUGACAGGCACAAAUGUUGGUAGCAAGUCGUUGCAGAUCUAGGAUAAAAGGUUAGACAA